CGAAAGCGAGAGGCUUAAUUUGUAAGCUAUUAUUAAACGACACAGUUGGUUGGGUUUAUCGGCCGUCAGCCCUGUUGUAUACGAUCUUCACGCGAGUAAUGAUGGUAGUGAAUUCGUGAAUCGCAAGAAUUGUACAGCUCAAGGUGCAGUAACAACGACAUGGAUUACUUCUUAGUUACAAUCGUUACCUUCCUGCAGAUUUUAAACUUCCUCUCAGCGGAUAAAGUCGUUUUACAGGAGAGACCGACAUGGCAGAAGAAAUGGAACGAUUGGAGAACAUCGGCGGGUAUUGGGUGGCGGUGGGCAAAGGUUGGUAUUGGGACCCCACAGUACACGAUUUGUUAUGUCAGUGGCCAACAACCAAAUGCCUGGCUCUUUAGUAAUCCUGUCACAGUAUCAAGCACAGUAACAAAGGUCGAUAUUACCGUUUUAUUCAAUACAAGGAACUGUACAGUAAUUGGUGGAGAUAAUUUCUGUAAAGAAUAUUUCGACUUUUAUAUGCAUCAGUCUACGACUCUAACAGUACCUGACCCUUCACGGAACAAUGCCACUUACGAAAAAAUUGCUAAAGUGACUGCGCCGAUCCUUGGCAUUGAUAUGAGUGCUACGGUAACAAAAAAUUUUGGAGUCAAAGUAAAAGGGAAGUACAUUAUUCUGGCUUUUCAUAACCAAGGUUCCUGUAGCUCUAUUCAUUUUGUCUCUGUCAGUUAUUACUUCUGCCCAGAACUUACUAUCAUUAGUGACUUGAUGUCCUUACCGCGAUUUACGGCUCCAGCAAUUAAUUCUGAGACAGUUGAAGGUAGCUGUGUUACAAAUGCCGUCUACUAUCAAGGUAGCCUAACUGUGGACUGCCAAAGCGAUGGCGUUUGGAACAUCAGUUCAGUUAAGGGUAGAUGUGUAUGCAGAGAGGACAUGGAAAAUAGGGGAGGAGAAUGCAUAGUUUGCCCAGAAGGAAAAUACAACGACCAGAAUGGCUUUAAUUGCACAGUCAUACCAUCAGGCCCGCAAAAUAUUCAAGCUAUCUUCGUUAACAGAAGCGCGUUGGCGUUACAAUGGCAGCCUCCUACAGUGACCGGUGAUCAAACCCAGGUGAUUUAUGACCUCGACUGUCAUAGGCCGUGCGAAGGUGAAAGUGACAACAAGUGUGUCUAUAAAGCUUGCGGGAAUAACGUCAUCUUCACACCGAGAAAGGACAGCUUGAAUAUCACUCACGUUACUAUUGAAAAUUUAUUUCCAUUUAUAAACUACACCAUAAAAAUCUACGCGAGGAACCGGGUGAGCGAUUUGGCAAAAAGAAAAUAUGGAAUUGAGGCAAACCUCACUGAAAUAACUGUAAGGACCAAUAGAUCAGUUCCAGGUAAACCGGAAGUCUUUGUUGAACAACCAGAAACGGUUGUUUUUGUAUCUUGGACACUGACGGAAAAGAACGGGAUCAUUGAGGAGUACUUUGUGACCUAUGUAAGAGAGGAUGAUUUGUCAGAAACCCAGACUAUCGCCACCCGGAAAAUGGAAGCGCACUUUGAGUUAAUGGCCGGAAAAACUUAUGAAUUACAGGUAUUUGCUAUAAACGACUUUGGUAGGGGUCCUGCUGGUGUGAAGACGUUCACACUGAGAGAGGCAGAACCCAAUGUGACCAUGUAUCUCAAAAUCAUCUAUGGAUUGGUUGUUUUAUUGGCACUUUGCAUUUUGUCUUUCGCCUGUUACAUCACCUACAACAGAUGGAACCGUCGAAGAAAUGCAAACCGUGGGAACAUUCCUAAAACAACAAAAUUCAGUGUUAUGGUUUAUGAGAACGUCUCAAUGAGUUCUGUCGCUGAAAGGAAAAAAGUGGACGAAUUUAGACUUGACCGUGAUCAAAUAACAACAGUGAAGGUGCUCGGAAGUGGCAACUUUGGUCAGGUAUCCAAAGCCGUCUACAAGCCUUUAAAAGCUGAAGUGGCUGUUAAGUCAUUGAAAGACAAUGCCAAAAAGAAGGACUUGCAAGACAUGCUGACUGAAUUAGAUCUAAUGAAAACAAUGAGGCCUCAUCCUCAUGUUGUUAAACUCAUCGGCUGUUGCAUUGAGAAAGAUCCACCCCUUAUAGUGUUGGAGUAUUUACCAUAUGGGGAUUUAUUGGGAUACCUGCGCAAAAGCAGAGGAAUCGAGGAUACUUAUAACACAGGAGAAAAAAGACCAAGCUCGACACUCACGGAGAAGGACCUUUUGUCCUUUGCAUGGAUGAUCGCUGAUGGUAUGAGCUAUUUGUCAACAAUGAAGAUUGUUCAUCGUGAUUUAGCGGCUCGCAAUGUUUUAGUUGGGGACAACAAAGUGUGUAAGAUUUCAGACCUUGGUUUAGCGCGUGGUUUGCAAGGAGAUAUAUACACCAGAAAAAGUCAGGCUCGUCUUCCAGCCAAGUGGAUGCCCCCAGAAUCCCUUUUGUAUGGCAAAUCUACCACUAUGAGCGACAUAUGGUCAUACGGCAUAUUAAUGUGGGAGGUGUUUACCAUUGGUGAAUCGCCAUAUCCCGGGGUGAAAUCUAGAGAAAUAGCUGGCUUACUGCAGACAGGAUACCGCAUGCCUAAGCCACCUCACAUCUCACAAGAACUGUACUCCAUUAUGACCAAUUGCUGGGAAGAGCAACCAAAAAGCAGACCAACAUUUCCGUGGCUCUGCUCGGCAAUCGAACGAUUAUUGAACGAUUUUAAGACAUAUGUGAACUUGGAAGUCUACGAAGGCCAUGAUUAUAUCAACUUUGAUGUGACAGACAAAGAGUGAUAAAAGAUGUUCAAUUUCUAGUAAGACUGGAGCGGGGAAGUCCGGUGCAUUUAACAUAGUUUCAAUUACGUUAAUCUUUCAUCUUGUCUAUUGUAAAUCGGAUAAGAUAAGGUAUUGUUAAAGAUACUGUAUUAUGAAAUUUAAAUGGUUUUUCUCGAGAUUUCAUGAAGAAUGGGUUUUUUUUUAAUUGGAGGUUCCUUCUGGAAAUCUGCUUGGUUACAUGCUUCUUGUAAUAGCAAGUUGCAUAAACAUUCAAAUGGGAAACACAUAUAAUCGUAUUUUGAUUUAUUUCAGCGUAAGAGCCCCACGUAAUUAUCUUCUUUCCAUAGUUAUGAUUUUUUCGAAGCUGCAUUGUUAGUGCAGUUAGAGUUAUAAUUUCUGAUGUGCUCUUCUAUGGCGGGGAUAAAAAUUAGAUGGAAGCCGAAAACGCUGGAUUUCAUUUUUUCGUAAGUCCUGUAUUUCAGUAAAAAGCUUUACCUAAGGAGUAACUGGGCUAUGACAAAUAAACUUCCCAUUAAUGUAGAGAAGACAAAUGUAAUGAUCGUGACUGGCAAAAGACUUGAAUCCAAGUUAGAUUUUCAACCAUCAGUGAAGUUUAGUGAUCAUGGACUAGUGAGAAAUGUUUCUAAUGCUACUCCGCUGUUGGGUUUGGACAUUGAUUGUCACCUAUCGUUUAGUCAACAUGUUGAUAAAAUUUAUAACAAGCUUUCGUAGCGUAUAGCGCUUCUCAGAAAAAUCAGAGCUUUAUCUGCCUCCUAGACAAAGAUGAUAUUACAACUUGAUAAUUCAUCCUAUAAUUACCUACCCUAGUGUUAUCUGCAGCUGGUCAUGUUGUGAUAAAGAGUCUUUGAACAGAGUAUUGAAGCUGCAAAAAAGGGCGGCUAGGGUUAUUCUGUCUGCCGAUAGAGAUUCGCCAUCUGUACGUUUAUUCAAUAAGUUAAAAUGGUUCCUUUUUAUGAAGAAAAUAAGAUAAGCUGUUGUUCUUUAGUUUUUAAACUUAUUGAAUGUACCUUACGUAAUUACUUAAUUCAAAAUUUUACUGUUAAUAAUCAAGUCCACUCUAGAAAUACUAGGUAUGCUAAAUUUAAUUUAGUUUGUCCUAAGUAUAUAUGCGAGACAAAAGGUGGAAAGUCUUUCGUAGUCAGAGCUUGCAGACUGUGGAAUAAAUUAUCUUUAGAAUUAAGACGUAAAGAUUCUCUUCCUGCAUUUAAGAAGAGUCUUUCAAUGUAAUUUUUAAAGAACAGUGUAGUCUAAAUCAUUUUACUAUUUAGCUUAAUAUUUACUCUUAUUUUUCAUUGAGGGCCAUAAGUUCAUUAGCUUUUAGCUAUUUAGUGCGACCCUCUAUGAAUAAAGUGUUUACUUACUUACUUAGAUACUUACUAGUAACGGCAAUGAUGUCUGGUGUAAAUGUACGUGUGCAUGUGUUUGACCAAAUAAACCAGCCCUCUAGGUAUGCAAUA